AUGGCCUCCUCCGAAUCGAUAGCAUCGUCUUCCGACUAUUCCGUCGACACCCCCGCAUCGACUGCCGACUCGUUUGUCAUGGCAGACCCGGCGGCCGUGAACACGCUCUCGCCGCAGGAGGCCCGGUUCGAGAGGGGCGACGUCGGCGACGAGGACGACGAGGACGACAACCAGAGCGAGCUCGACUCGCUGCCGUCCAUCUCGACCGGCAUUCUCAGUCCGUCCGAUGCCGGUUCGGACUCGCUGUCGGAUGCCCAGCGGGAAUGGGAGGCCAGCCUGGAGCAGCUGCAGCUGAUGCUGACCAUGGUGCUGGUGCCGUUCGUCGGCAAGUUCCUGGGCCGCAAGUUUGCCUAUUGGAGCUGGGCACGAUACAUGGAGUGGGUCCACGACGUCGAGAUCCGGUGGACAAACAAGAAGGCUUUUGCAGUCGCCGGGGCUGUCGAGGCUGCAGCGACGCUAUGA